CCCCUGGAAGAUACCCGAGAAGCUUGCCUUUUUAGGUAUUUCAUCGAAGAAAUUGCCCACUGGUUCGACUUGUGUGACGAAGAUCGCCAUUUUCAGCUUGUUGUCCCUUGGCAAGCUCACCAUCACCCUCAUCUUCUCAACGCUAUAUUUGCUGUUGCUGCUCGCCGUCUUAGUCGUCUUCCCCAGUAUAGGACUCCCGCUGGGAUUGUGUAUCAUGGACAGCUCAUUCCAAACCUCAGCGAACAUGACGCUGUCGAGUAUAUGUUGAAAUGCAUCCCCGCGCUCCGGCACUUUCAUGAAAUUGACGACGAUGAUUAUCGGGAUAGCAUUAUUGCCACUGCUGUCAUACUUCGUCAGCUGGAAGAAAUCGACGAAGAGGAGGAUGAUGCUCCGGUGAAUGCUGGAGGCAGCCACCAAGGCGAUACUCACCUGCAUUCCAGCAAAGUGAAUUUUCUCCCAAUUAUCAACUCUGUUUUGAGGAGCUCCGCAUCGCAAACUUUAUUCGGUCGAAGGAGUCUGAUUCAAGCCAGCUAUUGGUUUGCAUUAAGACAAGAGAUUUUUCAUUCAUUUACCCGAAAGCAACCGCCACAGCUGUUUCCCUCGAUGGAGCUAUGGCAUAGUGCGUCAAAGGCGAAUCGAGCCGUUUUCCAUACCAUACAAUGUGCAAAAUGGCGCUGGGAAGAUGGAUCUGAACGCGAAUGGACGAGGCUUAUGGAUCAGCAACAAUAUCUCGAACGCGAGACUCUCGCCAACUUCCGGCCCAUCUUUAGGAGGGAAGCGGACAAGGCCAAAGGGGAAAUCUUUCCCACCAUCUGGUAUAAAUCAACUCUUGAAAUGACGAGUAUCCAGCAGAGCAUCAUGGCCAAGUCGGUGCUGGUCGCUGAGAGUCCUCUUCUCAAAAAGCCAACAUCAUCUCGCGCUGACUGGAGAAAGGCCGAAAACGACGUCAGACUUCUGCUGUUGGAUUUGUGUGGUAUUGCCCUCUGUCAUCCCGCCUCACCACCAGCACUUUUGAACGCUGCCAUUGGCAUCCAGCUGUACGGCGACUUUUUUACGGAUAGAUAUGAGCGACAGGCGCUUCGAGGCGUGGUGGAAAAGUAUCGGGACGCGCGAGCGUGGCCGGUACAAAAGCUGCUGAAAAUGUUUAAUGAUGGUUGA